AUGUCUGCCCUAGGACAAAUUAACCGAGUUAAGCAUGACUUUAAUAAAGAAUUACUUAUUACAAUCAUUAAUUCACUGGUGUUUAGUAAACUCUUCUACUGCUCAUCUGUCUGGUCCACGACAUCCGAGGGAAACAUUAAGAAACUUCAGUCAGUGCAGAAUUUUGCGGCACGUAUCAUUGGCGGACUCCGGAAGUAUGAUCACGUGACCCCAAUCCUAAAGGAAUUACAAUGGAUCCCGGUGAAAAAGCACUUAUUUUACCGGGACGCAGUGCUCGCAUUUAAAUGUAUGAACGGAUUGGCACCCAACUACCUGAGCUCUCUAUUUACUACAAGAGAAGCUGUCAGCAGACGGACAACUAGACAAUCUGACCAGCUAAAUUUACCACUUUUUACAAGUGUAAAGGGACAGAAAUCCUUUAAGUAUCGUAUAGCAAAACUAUGGAAUGAGUUACCUCCUGUCAUUAAACUAUGCGGAUCAAUUAGUGUUUUUAAACUUAACUUGAAGAAAAAGUUAUUGAGACAGUUUCGGAUGGACCAAUAA